UCUAAUCAGGAAGUGACACAUGACACAUGGCAGAUGUGAGGCUGGCAACUGUUUCUUUUCAUUUCUGCGACCUUUACAGCUUCAGUUUUCGUUUAAGGAGACAUUUUGUUGUCUGCUGAACCACGAAUCUAAACAUGUCUCCCAAACCGUUGGAGCCUCUGGCCAGGAAACUCAUGAAGGGAGUAAUCAUUGUGGAGCUGCUGGGCGUGUUUGGGGCGUAUGCACUGUUUCAUAAGAUGAACAACAGUCAAGACUUCAGGAGCACCAUGAACAAGAAGUUCCCAUCAGUUCUGGAAGUUUACUACCAGUCCAAUGAGUGGGCAGGGAUCAAUGGUAUCCGAGAGAGGGACCACAUAGCCUGGUCGACAAAACAGGACUGAGCGUGUCCAUCUAUUUAAAAAGUCCACCAUAACAGGAGCUCCUACUUCUUCUUC